UGACAAACAGUUCCCAGASCCAAUCGCCGAGCGAAAUUUUGACAAUAGUGGCAGGGAGUAGGCGUGUAUGUAAACUAGGGUGUCGCCGAGGUGGCUGUAUUCGAAGGCGACAGUCUGUUCCGCUAAUCAUUGACAAAGCAAAUAAUGUGAUAACAUCGGCAAUUUGACCUCCAAAAUUUAUAAUUCUUCUUGAUCGAGAGUCCCAAAAUGUUUGGAAUGACGGGGUAUGCCGAUCAUUUAAUGAGCUCGGUGGUAGUUUGAAGAAAGAGUAAGUCGGGGAGCCAUUUUGUCUCGGCAGGGUGAGAGAAAGAAAGUGGAAAAAGGGAAUCACACGGGAGAAUAUAUUUUUGUUGGUUUUUAUUCACAUGCUGUAAGAGAAACGGUUCUGUUUUGGAAAUAACAUUAGCUACUCGUCGGAUACUGUUGCGACACUCUACCCCCUGCGGUAUUUAGUUAACUAUCAAACUAACUUGGACAUCAACAUAUCAAAAUUACAAGCAGAUAUUAUACAGCGUUCCUCUGCUUGGAACGCGGGCUGGCUCUAGACCUGCGGUAGAUAGUUUAUCGUCUGUCUGGCGAACACAUCUGGUUUCUCAAUGGCGAAGAAGACCUACGACCUGCUUUUCAAACUCCUACUGAUCGGGGACUCGGGCGUGGGGAAGACCUGCGUGCUGUUCAGAUUCUCAGACGACGCCUUCAAUACCACCUUCAUCUCCACCAUAGG